AUGACGCAGAUCCCAGCAGGAAGCGAGUCCAUCCCCGCGCUUCCAAAGGUGCCUCCGCUCGACAACACCGUCGGAGUGGUUCUCCUUUGCACCUUCCUGGGAUGCAUGCUCUUCGGUUUAACGAUUCAUCAGACCUAUCGCUACUUCCGUCUUUACCCGACAGAUGGAUGGCGAUUGAAGACAUUCGUUACUGUACUUUUCGUCCUCGACGUCUUUCAUACUGUUCUCACCAUCCACAUGUGUCAUUUUUACCUGAUCAACAAUUACUUCAACCCCGCCCGACUUGUCGAGGGUGUAUGGUCCAUAAGGAUGAGCGUUAUGCAGACCGGCUGCGUGAUCGUUGUAUCCCAUUGUUUCUACGCUCGGCGCAUGUACUUAUUGGGAGGGGGGCGGCUCUGGCCGAUCGUCUUCAUCAUCACCUUGCUCACGGUCGAGUUCGGAUUGUGUAUUGCCGCCACAGUCGAAGCCUUCGUUCAAGUGACAUUCGAGAACUACGCGAAAUAUGCUUGGGUGGUGUGUUCCGCGCUAGGAACGGCCGUGGUCGUGGACGUCUUCGUUUCUGCGGCCCUCAUCUACUAUUUGCAUAGCAGCCGCACCGGCUUCAAGAGGACGGACUCUCUCCUCGACGUGCUUAUGGUCUAUGCUAUCAAUACUGGCUUAUCUACUAGCAUCGUCAGCCUAGCGGCGGCACUCACCGCGAUUAUCAUGCCCAGGAAUCUCGUCUACAGCGGACUGUACAUCAUAUCGUCGAAAUUGUAUGCGAAUUCGCUCCUAGCUGUAUUGAACUCCCGCAGGGCCCUGGUGGACAGGGAUAUGGAAGGCUUCGAUACAGGCUCGUUCGGAAUGAGGGUCGUUGACGCACGCGACCUGAACCCAAUCGACUUCAAGACGCCCUCUAACCCACGGGUGCCGCCCGCGCAGACUGUCAUUGACGUUCGAGUCACAAAGGAGAUCUAUGUAGACGGGGUCCCCGUUCCCCCGGGCAGCCCUGACUGGGGCAGCGUUCUGGACAUCAGCGAGGGGCGUAUCGGCGAGAGCACCUCAGCGUUGAGCGUCGAAGCGCCCUAG